CGAGCUUUCUAUCUUCAUUCUUUCUGAAUUCAACAAUGGCGGGUUACGCUUUGCCGUUACACAAAUUGGCGCUUCCCCGUAUUACCCACAGUAGCUUCUCCUUCACUUUUCCCACUUCUGCAAUUCAACUUCGUCACUCUAUUAGCCUUCUCUCUGGAAAUCCCUCGACUUUGUUCUGUGGUCACCAGGUUAAGGCCAACUCUGAGUUCUCUUCCACUUCGGUUCCUGCCCAAGACAGCGUACAAGAUGAAGAAGAAAACUUUCAAUUGCUGACUCUUGUAAAAAGCGAUUACAAUGACAUAAUGAUUGUCGACAGUCCCAAAUCUAGAGUGCUUCUCCUUGAUUCCUCCAACAACAUUCAUAGCAUACUUUAUAAGGAUAAAAAAUGGACAGAAGCCUACUGGGAUGAGUUUACUAGCUUGCCAGCUGUAGUUCCAAAAGGUCCCAUCGCUCUCUUAGGUUUGGGUGGUGGAACUGCUGCUCAUCUGAUGCUUGACUUGUGGCCUUCGCUGCAGCUUGAAGGGUGGGAGAUUGAUCCAAUUUUGAUUGAUAAAGCGAGAAUUUAUUUUGGUCUAUCUGAUCUGGAGAAACCAACAAAAGAUGGUGGUGUGUUGAAUAUUCAUAUUGGUGAUGUCUUCGUUCCAUCAGAGAAUUUGCACAGAAAAUAUGCCGGCAUUGUUGUUGACUUAUUCUCCGAUGGAAAAGUCUUGCCUCAGCUGCAAGAGGAUAGCACAUGGUUGGAAUUGCAUGAUAGAUUGAUGCCUGGAGGUCGAUUUAUGGUGAACUGUGGUGGCCUUGAUGGGGGAUCAGAUGCAUCGGAUGGUGUUGAUUCUGAAACUUCAUCAAGUGAUAGGAUAUGGUUACAAAAUCCAGCAUUAAAAGCAUUAUCCAGAGCAUUUCCCGGGCAAUUGAAUUGGAAGAGAAUGCCGAAGGAAAAUGGCGCAAAUUUUAUGGCACUUACAGGACCUUUACCUGAUUUACAAUCAUGGUCUGCCACUCUCCCAUCUCCUCUGAGCACAAAUGUUAAGCAUUGGAGACCCUGUGAGCCUGUUUCUUAAGUUUGAGCUUAAAAGGCCACGGGUCUGGUUUAUGAAUUAGUGCAGUUUAUCUCCUGAUUUUCUGUAAAGGAUCCUGAAUUCCUGAUUUAGCAGGCCCAAAAGACCAAGUGUAAUCACCAUAUGAGCCCAUUUUGUAUCUUCAAUUUGUAAGAUUCUGAUACUUUAAUUGAGUCAUUAUUUUGAAAAUUUAGGCAUUCUUUUA